AUGGCCUUUUGUGGGGGCCUGGAAAAAGCUUCCUCGGCCUCCUUUGCACCCUCCCACCAAGGAGAACCGACCGCCAGUGGCAGCAGCAGCAGCAGCAGCAGCGAGUCCAGAGAGGCCCCACGGAGUCGGCUGAGCCCCUUUGCCCAGGUGCCACGGGAGGCCUCUCCUCAGGCUGGCACCCCCUGCCCCCCGGGGCUCCUGCGAAGGAAACUGCAGGCCAAGCAGACGAGUCCUCUGCAGGGCGGUGCCACGCGGCUUCCCUCAGUGCCCAGCCUCGCCCAGUCGUGCCUGGCCUCAGGGGCCCUCCAGCAGGGGAGCACUGACCCUUGGGAGCCCCCUCGGGGUUCCUGCUGCAGGCUCCCCCUCCAGAACGUGGCCCAGGAGUUCCCGCUGGAGCACCCGGCCGACCGGUGGCUCUACCUCCCCUCGGGGCCCCCGCAGCAGCAGUCCCCGAGCUCUGGUGGGGACUUUACCCUGGCCCAGUGGGGCUUCUUGCCCAGCGGGGGGGUCUUCGUGAUGUCGACCAAGCUGAACAGAGACAGGGAUGCCCAGCCCAGACUGCCCUGGCCCCCCAACAUCUGCAUCCUGACCCUGGCCAUGAUGAUCGCGGGCAUCCCCACCAUCCCCGUGCCCGGCGUGCGUGAGGAAGACAUGAUCCAUGCCGCCCAGUGUUUCAUGGCAGAGAACCUGGACCCCGGCGAGGGUCCAGAGGAAGGGGCCCCGAGGAGGCAGUGGGCGGCCUUCCAGCGCCUCGGGUCCUCCUGCAAGAGGGACCGGCAGCGCAGGCGAGCGACCCACCGGAGCCUCCUGCCUCUGUUCCUGGCCCAGCUGGAGAAGUAAC